UUUCCCAGAUAAAGACCAGUUUAUUUGCAUCUUCAAUUUUCAACAAUGGUAGAGAAAUUUAAUAGAAUAUUUACUACAGAAACCACGUGGAGCUAAAGCACCGUUUGCUAUCUGGAAGAUCAGUACCAACAGGUUAAAAAAACAAAUUCAUCUUUAAUCAAAGUUGCUCUAAAUCAGUUGUGGAGUCCUUCAAGGUUCCUUCCUGGGUCCUAAUUUAUUAAUAUUAUAUGAUAAUGAACUCCAAAGUUUUGACGUUUUUAUUUUUUGUAUUUGCAGAUGACACAAAUGUAAACUAAACUGGAAGCCACAUAUUAAAAACAUUAAAAUAUUUAGAACUUUUUCUUUCACAAAAUAAACAUUUUAAACCAAAACUAUUCUUGUUGUACGGUCCCUCAUAGUUCCAUACAUUACUUUGUUUCGAGGUUUGAGAAAAAUUGCAGUAAAUAUUUAAAAAAUAUAUAACCUUAAGAAAGGGUUCCGUGGACGUUUAUUUUUUUCGCGUCAAGUUCCGCCAGAGGGCGCUGUGGUGCUUUAUUUUAAACACAUGGCACUUCAUGAACUCUUACGGGGUUUGCACUGGAAAUGGAAUAUGACCACUAACACAUCAACCAAGAAAUAUACAGUAGGAAAAGACGAUCCGCAGCAGUGAUAUAAUUAAUGCGACAUCGUGGAAGUAAUGCAGAUUAGAACCAGUUAGUAACGGAUGGAUGUAAAAACAGCCUCAAGGAUUCAAAUUUGUAGUAAAAAGUAGAUGUUCUCCUGCAAACUUUAAAAAGGCAAGCAAAAAAAAAAAAAAAUCUCAGGGGAGUGAAGAUGGAGGUCUCGCUGUAUAGUAUAAAGGGGAGUCUUGAUGACCGGGCUUCCAUGGUCUCGGGGGGUUUUACUCUACUCAGGGGGGCGGUGCACUUCUCCAGACCCCUCCCGCCCCCAAAAGCCGCUCCACAAACAGUGACCGGCAGGCAGACUGCUAGUCAGGCGCUUCCUCCACAUCCAGCAGCCACAGCUGCAUCCCAUGCCCGCAGCCUCUCCGGGAUAGAGCGCCAUCGAUCAAGCAGCGUCCGUGCGUCCAUCAGGCUGGAGGUCCGCAGCGGUCGGCCGAACAUGCUGGAAAACGGGAGGAAGGUGUACAAGGAGGGUCUGCUGGAGAAGCGGAGCGACGGGCUGCUGCAGCUUUGGAAGAAGAAGCACUGCGUCCUGACCGAGGACGGCGUGCUGCUGCUGCCGCCCAAGCAGCACGAUCACCCGCAGCAGCAGCAGCAGCACGGAGGAGGCGGCGGCGGCGGAGACACGGGCAAAGUCAAGGAGCUUCACUUCGCCAACAUGAAGACAGUGGACUGCGUGGAGCGGAAAGGCAAGUACGUCUACUUCACCGUUGUCAUGACGGAGGGGAAGGAGAUCGACUUCAGGUGCCCGCAGGACGAGGGCUGGAACGCGGAGAUCACCUUGCAGAUGGUCCAGUACAAGAACCGGCAGGCGAUCCUGGCCGUCAAGUCCACCCGGCAGAAGCAGCAGCUGCUCGUCGUGCAGAUGCCCGGGCAGAAGACCGUCCGGAGCUCCCCGAGCGUGGCGUGACCCGCGGAGAGCCCCGCACACACCGGCGCGCCUUCAGCGGUGAAUUUGACACUCAGCCGAGGAAGACAAUGAACCCAGGCUUCAUCUCSCCCUGCUGCUGCUUCACCAAGCUCCAUUCUCCAGGAGAACUGAACACCCCACACCCCAAUUCAUGAUGUGGUCUCCACAUACCAGCCCUCCCCCCCCCCAGCCCUCACUCCUCUUUUCAGUACAGAGACUUGCUUCACAAAAGACUGAUGGACUAAAAGCAUGUGAGAAAACAUCUGUAUUCUACCGUGCAAUGGGUUUUGUCCCUUAUUUAUUAGAUGUGUAUAUAUUUUUUUAUAUAUAUAUAUAAAAAAAAGAAGUUGUCUGAAUGUCAAGUGUGAGAGUCACUGGAGGUAAGCAUUCGGUCGACUUGGACUAUCUAACGAACUGGAACCUCGAGGGGAACGUUUGGUGAUGUUCCCUAAAGGUUACGGAGCCUGAAACUUUCAAGAGACGAUGAUGAGGAAAGGCUGGCCCGGUGACACGCCGGUCCUUCCUGUAGCUUUUAGGGAACGUUCUCUCGACGUUCCCUGGGGUGGAACGUUAGUUGAACCAGCUCGUUAUGGAGAAGAUGCCUCAAUGCUUCUGGUUUUAUUUUCUAACAGAGCCAAAGACUCAUUUGAUACAUUUCUCUUGUUGCGCAGUAUUCCUCUCACUUCACUAAACAUGUACAGAUCAAGAAAAUGAUUGCGCUCUGCGGAUUGACGGUUGGUUUUAUAUGCUUGAUUUCAACGGUGUAUUUUAGUGUUUCCAUUGGGUGCUUUGGUUGCUUUCCGCAACUUUAUUUUGCUACAUUUGUGAAUUGAAGGGAAAGCUGUUGAUAUGUUCUUAAAUGAUGGGUGUACUCUGACUUUUUAACCUUGGACAAUAGGGUUAAGGUGACUAUUUCAGAAACUGAGCUGCUUCAGAGACCGUUUCAAUGCUUGGAUUAAAUCUUAGUGGACACAUAACAUUACAUUAAACUUAGUUAGACACCAGAAUUGUCACAAUCAACAAAAUUGUUAUCAUGACUUGAGGCUCCUCUGAUUAGGAGAUUUAGCCAAAGCUCUUUUUCUCAGCUACAGAAACUAGGAAUUUGUUGAAAUACGUUAGCAUCUGAGUGAUUGGCUUUGUUAGCUUACUUUGUUAGCUUAGUUCGGUUUGAAUGCUGAAGUUGGAAAUUUCUUUUGCUUUGUUAGCUUACCAAUAGCAGUCCGUAAAUAGUGCGACAAUCUGUAUUGUCAAACAAGCUGUUUUUGACAGUGUUACUAUUGCUUAUUUGACCAAAUACUAAGCUAAAAGCUAUUAGCUUGGAUUGCAAUUUCCUGCCUAGCAAUGCUAUUAGCCUUAACGAACACAGCAAUGGGCAAAUCUCACUUGGUUUUGAACACAAACCUGGAAUGCAUUUGUAGAACCAUUUUAAAAUAAAGCAAAAGUGAUUCCUAGCCAGCCAAUAUUCAGCUUGCCAACUAUUUGGUGUCAAUUCCUUAAAUUGGUGUGCCAACUACUGUUGAUACAACUCCUGGCGUGACAGGAUCCUAGGAUCAUAAAUAACACCAUCAUAAUACAAGAUGACAAAGUCAUUUGAUAACAUUGAUGGUCACAACAGGAAAAAGUUUUCCUGAUCCCCAUAAUUUAACCUCUUUACACCGUCUCUGUUUCAAGUUGUCUCAUGCUGAUUUGUAGCAAUUUACUGAAGAGGGACAGCUAAUCCUUAUUCAUUACUUAUAAUUAGAUCCAGACAGCUUUUGUAUGACUCGAAUAACAGAACAGCAACCAUUUGAAACAAACUUUACAUUUUAGUAAUUGCAAAAAGAAGGACACAACUACCCAAAUCAGUCUCUGUUGCAGCUCAGUUUUUGAAUGUUUGGAAAGAAAAUCACUUCUGUGCUCAACAGAUUGAAGGCAUGGGAGAGUUUUUAUGAGGAAGUAAACGUAUUAAUACAUAUAAAGGUGGCGGUGCAGAGCAACAGUCAGUGCCACAUGUCAACCAGAGGCUUCAGAAAUGUCUUGUGUUCCACCAGGACGUAUUUUAUCUCACUGUGGCUCAUGAUGUUUCCUCUUUCCUGGGCGGGUCUCCCACCACUCGCCAGCGUACUGCAGUUAAUCCAGCACAUGCCUCUGUGUUGCUGUCAUCUUCCACACAGGGCCAGAGCCGUGCCCUUUAUCUGACGCGGCCGGCGCGAUGCUUCCCCGACAUGCCUUCCUGUUUUCAUCAUUCCGCACUGUUAGGAACCACUGUCCAAUUUCUUAUUUCCACGGAGAUUUAUUUUCAUACCUCGAAAAGAUACAUUCCAUUAAAAAAACAAACAAAA